UUGGAUUGCUCUGUCGCUGUGUUCCCGUGUGAGCGAGCGUCUCACACCAACGCCGUGAGCCAUGGAUGAACUUCAGGAGAAGCUCACGGCCUACACGCAGCAGCUCGAGCAGGUGGCCGAGCUCGAAGCUUCUGACCCCUCAAACGCCGGCUUCACCAAGCUCAGGACCGAUCUGGAGGAAGUCAUCAGGCUCACCAAAGGACUCAUCGAAGAAGCGAAGGGCACGUCGGCCCUCCCCGCCCCUGAGCCCGCAGCAGCACCAGCAUCAUCCGCUGCCCCAAAAUUUGAAGCCGUCCCAAUCGGGAAGUGGGAGCCUGUUGCCGCCCCCGCCCCCGCCCCACCAGACGCACCACGAGAAGGCGGCAAAGGAGGAGGGGGGGGGACGGCAGCGGUGGCGGCGGAACUAGGGAGUUCCACAACAGGCGUGUUCGGCGUGGGAGCAAGAGUAGAGGUGCUCUCGGCGGAUAAGUGGUACCCUGCGGUGAUCGACAGCGUCUCGGAAGACGGACAGGACUUCGGGGUGACCUACAUGGGCUAUGGCACCGAGGGGACGGCAACCAUCACAACGCUCCGGCAGAUCACGCGAUCUCCGAGGCCAGUGGCGGCAGCGGCGGCGGUCAAAGGACUCGAGUGCAGGGCGCUGUACGUGGGGGACGGAACGUACUACGACUGCACGAUCCAGGAGGUUACGGCGAACGGGUACAAAAUCGUCUUCCCCGCGUACGGAAACGUGGAGGAGGUUCCGCUAGAGUACCUGCAGAAGAAGGUCACGAUGUCCCUAGCCAAGGCCAAGCAGGCAGAGGCGCAGGCAGAAGCAGACGCGUCUUUCGCCAUCCCGGAGAGCCUUCGGUUACGAGAGGGCGACUCCGAGGCGGAGCGGGAUCGAAAACGCAAGAAGGUUAAGGCGCUGAAGGGUCGUUUCAAGAUCAAGCAGAAGGACGCCGUAGUAAACAACAAGCAGGCGUCGUGGCAGGCGUUUCAGACGAAGGGGGCCAAGAAGAAGACGAAGGGGAGCAUGGCCGCGGUGUCGCUGAAAAAGGAGUCAAUUUUCGCCUCGCCGGCGGGUCUCGAGGGGAAGGUCGGGGUAACGGGGAGCGGGCAGGGGAUUACGGAGCAGGUCGCCCGCAAGAAACACAAGACGGUAAAAGAGUAGGCACCGCGCACCGCAGCAGUUUUGUACGAGUAGCACGACGUGCGUGGGUGCGAAGUAUUUGCACGUUUUGCGGGAACGCCGCGGGAUGUGCUCGCUAUAGAGAACGCAGCGACAUGUAGUCCUUCGAAGGAAAAAAUAUGGAGUACUGCUGUGCUGUACGAAAGCACCGCUCUCCGUCAUGAGUGCGUGAUGAUGUUUUGUCAGGUAUGCACAAUCUUGGGUUCGAAUAGCUGCGUAAAAACACAAAAUGUGAAAAUGAGAGGGUCAAGUGUUUGCCGAUUGCGGCGUAGGGGGAGUUUGAAAGGGAGGGUCAGAGGCAUUAGAUUUUUCGUUUUGAGCUUGUUGACGCUUUUUUUUUGUCGAAGUGGAUAGCGCCGACAUGGCAUCAUCGUGUUGAGUGUAUCGAAGCGAAGGCAGAAACCUUAUUUUCUACACGACAAAGAGGAAAUAGAUUAAUUCCGGGCCUCCUCUGUCUGCAUAGAACCCGGCGACGCUACAAUACACGCGGCUUGGCUAGCAGCUUCUCGCGGCAUGGGGGGGGAGGCCCGCUGACUCAUGCGUCCGAGGUUCCUUGCCGUUCGAUUUGAACCAACCGACAAGGGGAGGUGGGCGACAAAGAUAGAGAGGGGCAUGCUUCAAUAACGCUCUUGACGCUGGACACAGCAUGGAGCCCUGCUUGCUGCUGCAAACACCUUGUGCUCAUAUUCAGCCUUCGCGCUUGCGGUGGCGGUACGGAUGGAUGUGCAUUUGGGAUUUGUUGGGGUCCCCGCAAACUUUCACCCACAUUCAAAUGGCUGAUGCGCAGUCUCCCAUUUACUUGUCCACGGUAACAACUGUUGGUGCACGGUAGGCAAUACAGUCCGUCCGUCUACCCGCUCGUCCACAGCAGUGGAUGCCAGGAAAGAACCGCACCUUACCCGGAGAGGGCUCUAUCUGCUUCC